AUGUCCGAAGAGCCCGACGAUCGCACCGUGUACGGGCACAAGCACAAGGCAUUUCUGCAAGCCCUCACGUCCCGUCAGGUCAUCACCUUUGACGAAGCGAAGCCCUUGAUCGCAGCCAUUGAAACGAGUGAGAAACCCGACCGCCCAACACAGCCCGGCGACAUCACAGAGGUGGAUUUCAAGGUCUAUGUCAACACCGUCAACGACGCUAUUUCGCCAUUCGACUUCGAAAUCCGCAACCUGCAACACCAGACAAGCAAAGAGCGGGUCUAUGCUUUCGUCAACACCACGAGCGAUGCCCUUACGCAGAUGUCGACGAUGCACUCUGCUGACGAGAUAGCAUUCGUCAAGAGAGUGCUGGACGCGAUGUUUGAAACCUUUAAUACCCAACGCGCCGAAGUCAUGGCCAUCACAAGCUUGCAGGCGUUGAAACUGGCAAAAGCGAACGAGUCGCAGCGGAGAGAGUCGCAGACCCAGACACAAGCCGCGCAGGGUCUCACUAUGACGCAGGCUCAAAAGGCGCUGGAGACCAUGGUGGAAGAAGGGUGGUUUGAGUUGAGCGAGAGUGGUUACUACAGCCUGACACCGCGGGCAUUGAUGGAGCUGAGGGGUUGGCUGGUGGACAUGUACAACGAGCAAGAGGAGGAGGAUGAUGAGGACGAUGACGAGGAGGAGGGAGGCACGCACGUGAGGAUCAAGUUCUGCGCAGCUUGUCGUGACAUCGUUACGGUCGGUCAACGCUGUCCGAAUCUUCCGUGCAAUGCCCGCGUCCACAACGCCUGCGUGAGGAACAUGUUCCGAACACAGAGGGACAGUGAGAAAUGCCCGGCGUGCGAAACGGCGUGGAGGGAUCCUCCGCCUGUUGGCGAGAAGGCAGCAAAGAGCAAUGGAGGGCGAAGGUCGAUCAACGGCACUGCUGCGCGAAGAAGCAAUGGUUCGACCCGUGUGGAGGAAGAAGAAGAUAGUGAUGCCAGUGGUGGUGCCGAUUGA